CUGCUGGGAGGGCGCUGCGGACGAGGGGUCCCUGGCCCUGCUCACCAUCUCCGGAGCCGCCUCCACCCGGUCCCGAAUCUGUUAUAUAAAGUCUAGGGUCGGUACUAUGCGCGGUGUGGCCCCGGUCGCCCCCACCCAGUCCCCCCCGACUCUCCCGCGGCGCUGGACACCGAGUGAGGGACGACACGGCCGGGUGUAGUUAGCGGAGGGCCAGGGCUUUCUUCCGUGCGUACAGCCGGGAAGGGAGGGGAGGAUGAGGCAGGUCGACCAUCUGUGCUGUGCUCGGGGGGCGUGCGCUUAGACCAGGGGCUUGGAGAGGAACCUGGCACGGGAGAGGACCUGUGGGUCGUCGUCUGCAGCCGCGGCCGCCCAGAGCGCCGGGGAGAAGCGGAGGGCUCAUGUCCGCUGGGAAUUGUUGGCUGUUGGGGAAACUUUCCUGCCAGGUCAGGCAUGGCAUGGGGGGCUCUGUUUGGAACGUAGGUCGUCACUCGGAGUUUACUCCUGUUUACAAGGCUGCGCAGCAGGGAAACGGAAGAGUGGGGGGAGGUGGGGAGCCUUCGGCAGCCGCGAAACGCGCAGAAGUCUCCUCUCCGCGAGGCGCCCCUGCGCGCUCUACCAGAAACUCGGUUUCGCAGCGACAUUUAUAAGAGGCCUAUUAGCAUAUUGGGAACGUCCCGCUUCAACAUUCUUUUGAUUGGCUGUGGCGUCCCCAUGGAAUGUCCUUAUCAGUCCGCUCCUGAGCCAUUGGUCGCCGGGCAGGAUGGGGGCGGGCCUUGCGCUGUGACUGGCACCGAUCCGUGUUUCCGCGGCCUUCUUUUUUCUCUUUCGUGGAGGGGCUGGGAGGAGGGAGGAGGUUGAAUUGAUUUGAAUGUCUUCGGGUCGCCCGGCUUCCGGCCUUGGAUUGGCUAUCAGCGCUGCGGGGUGGGCCGUGUUCCCCAGUUCUGCUCCGUGAUUUGCUCCCCGUCUGGCCUCCGCCUGCGGCCCGAUGACCCCCCAUAGGCGGUGGUUCCCGGGGCGGGGUGCGUCGCCCGCUGGACGCCUCCCCAUUGGCCUGGUGAUGGCCCCGCCCUGACCCUAGGGGGAUCGGAGCCAGGCAACUUCCGGCCGCGGAGCAAUGGCGGCGCCCCGGUGCCGGGGGCAAGGCUUGUCAGCUGUGUUCCUGGCUCCACCGAGGACGAAGCAUAUGCCUCCCACCCCGGCCCCAGGGACCCGCCGGACAGGCCAGCGGCCGCGAGGAACGGGGGAAACAAACCUGUCGCUGUUCAGUGAAUACAUGCUGCGGCCCUUAUUUGACUCCGGAGAGAAUGAAUCCCACCCCACCCGGCACCUCUGAAGCCAGCGCUGUUGAGUGAGCUUGCCAUUGCUUUCCCACAGUAAUGUUGCUGUGGAGCAUUUCUAGAUGAGAGGGGUCAGCAGCCGUUUGCGCUGAUGGGGCUGAAGAAACGGGUUUCCUGGCCAGAUGCCUCCCUGGUUAGCGCUGGUGUUCCUCCUGACAGACAUGUGUACUUGCACGGCUUUGUUAAUAGAGUACUUUGCUUGGGGCAUCCAAGAAAUACAUACCAUUAUGAAGAAAUCCUGAAGGAGCUAGAUGAGUAUUACGAGAAGUUUAAGCGGGAGACGGACAGCAACCAGAAGAGGAGAGCGUUGCACUGCAUUCAGAGAGCCCUGAUCCGCAGCCAGGAGCUGGGCGACGAGAAGAUCCAGAUUGUGAGUCAGAUGGUGGAGCUGGUGGAGAACAGGACCAGGCAGGUGGACAGUCACGUGGAACUCUUUGAGGCACACCAAGAGGUCAACGACACCACUGGCCACAGUGGCAAAGCCGGCCAGGAUAAGUCCAAGAACGAGACAAUCACACAGGCAGAAAAGCCCAAUAACAAGAGGUCUCGGAGACAGCGCAAUAAUGAAAAUCGGGAGAAUGCAGCCAAUAAUCACGAUCAUGAUGACAUCACCUCAGGAACGCCUAAGGAGAAGAAAGCAAAGGCGUCCAAGAAGAAGAAACGCUCCAAGGCCAAAGCAGAGAGGGAAGCAUCCCCUGCAGACCUUCCCAUCGACCCGAACGAGCCCACGUACUGUCUGUGCAAUCAGGUCUCCUAUGGAGAAAUGAUCGGCUGUGACAAUGACGAGUGCCCCAUCGAGUGGUUCCACUUCUCCUGUGUAGGACUGAAUCAUAAACCAAAGGGCAAGUGGUACUGUCCCAAGUGUCGGGGGGAGAACGAGAAAACAAUGGACAAAGCCCUGGAGAAAUCCAAAAAGGAGAGGGCUUAUAACAGGUAGUUGGUGGACCUUGCUGAACAGGGAGGAGAACUAAGCCAGUGUAUUUAUUACAUUGCCACCUUUGGUGAGGCGCAAAGACUGUACAAUGUAUAUUUUUAAAGAAUGUUAGAAAAGGAGCCAUUCCUUUUGUAGGGAUGGCAGUGAUUCUCUGCCUUUUGUUUUCAUUGGUACACGUGUAACGAAAGUGGUCUGUGGAUCAACAUUUUAGAAGCUUACAAAUAUAGGUUUGAAUUAAACACUCAAGUGAGUCUCA